CUUAGCACACUUUUGGCGCGAAGUAGAUAUACCGCACACAAAGUUCUUUUGUGGUUGACUGUAUCAAGUACACAGUGAAAAAGUGCUCUCCCUACUUUCUAUAUGGACUUUUUAUCAUCACAACACCACAGAGAGAGAAUGGCAAUGACUAGUCCAUUGUCACUGGAUUCAAGUAGUGGCAGCUCUAGGGGAGACCAAGAGAGCCCUAAGAGUCGAUCCAGCUCUUUCUCCAUAUCUGCAAUUCUCUCAGACGAUAUCGGAAGUCAAAAGAAAUCAAAUCUCUCCUGGAGGACGACCCCCACCAGUGAAGCAGGCAAGGAUAGAAUGUUAUCGCACACUCCUAAAAGGCCUAAAGAGGCAGAGCUCCAACGAAUGAGUACUGUAAAGAGAUUGCCACAGAUAUCACUAACGGAGGCAGCUGGUCUAAUAGCCCCAGGCAGCUCUAGUACACUACAAGUACACCCCUCCCACCCUAUUGCCUCUAUUGGAACCACGCCCCCAAUGCACCAUCGACAGCACAACUCCUCCCUCACCGCCUCCCCCUUUGACCCGUCGUUUCUCCAUGCCCUUGGACAGCAAACUAGUCCGACAGAGAAAGAAGAUUUGCUGAGUGACUCACUGGGCAUGCUUAGUACUGUGGCCAUGUAUCAUAGCGAGCUGAGCUCUUCACUGGGUACUCCUAUUCAGAACAAAAUGGCUGAUAUCAGGAUCACAUCGAGUCAUGAUGGGUCUGACAAGAGCAGUGACUGGAAUGGGGGAGACCCUGUCAUCAACACGUCUAAAGCCCUGGAAAAAAGCCGCCGAACACCCAGUAUCCUCAAAAGGAGAACCAGAAAACCUUGUGGUAGUGUUGGGUCUGACUCUGGAAUCAGUGGAGAUGAGACUGUUUCUCGUGAUAGAACCAACCUCAAUGCUGGGUUCCUCUCUCCUCUCGCCAGUGAGAAGUCUGCUCUAAAUAGUCAACAAUCUGGGUUCUCUCCCUCGAUAUUUCUUAGUCGACCAGACCAUUCAGUAAUGUCAGAUGAUCAAAGUGAGGUGGUGAAGGGAAGACAGAGCCCUUUCUCUGAUUCAGACUCAAAUCAUGAUGAAGACUUCACCACAUCAACACCUAUCAAGUUGGACAAAGAGAAUGUUGUUGUACGAAGGAGACGACCCGGCUGGUCCCCCAACAUCCUUAGGAGGCGUCAAAUCACUACUGAGAGCUCCAGUGAGUCUGAGCACCCUGUCAAGAGGUCACUGUCCUCACCACACUCACCCCCAACAAAGAGACACAAGAAGAGCAAGGCACGAACCAAGCUCAGCCCUCUUCUCGAAAAUGCCUGUUCUCCCAUUUCAAAAACUGACCACAUUCCGAGCCCCCUCACACACUCUACAACGCCCACACAUCCACCCCAGUCACAAGCUUCACUCGUCACACAAUCUACACACAGCAGCAUGUCCAUGGAAGUCCCGAAAACUUUCCAAAUACCUAUGAGUACCCAACACACAAGCUUACCCGUUGCAACCACUUCAAACUCGUUUUUUAACCCGUAUCUACUCAAUCUCUCCCAGCCUCAACCAACGUGUAUUAUUCCACAACUCUUUCAAAACACCGGCCAAAAUCUGACAUAUCCCGUUAACCAUCUAAUGCCUACAGUGACAUCUCUUCAGCAGCACUCGUACUCCACUCCGAUCCUCAGCCCCCCUCAUCAGUACCAAAGACCCCUGCUCAGUCCACCUAUGGGUCUACCCCCUACUAGUAACCCCUAUCUCCGGAUGCCUUUUUAUUUGCCUCAAUCAAGUGGGUAUGGAAGUAAUGGAUUUGUUCAGAUGCAAAUGAUGCCGCCUAAUUUCUCUUACGGUGGUAUUGGAAACACUUUUAAUGCCUCUAGGAAUUCGUUUGUUUCGAAUAUGUCGUUAAGUUCUUUGAGUGCGAAUCAGAGUGCAUCAAAUAGCUCGUUUCUGAGGAGAGAUGAUAAAUUGAAGAGUGUUCCACCUCGGUUCAUCUUCCCCAGCAUGAGGCCAGAGGGAAAGCGCUCAAGACUGACUGAGGCCAUCAACAAAUCACUAUCCGAGACACCCUCUGAAAGCACAAGGUUGCCCAAGGAGUGGACUAAAUAUGCGUGUGGUCAGACCAACGAUCAGAAAGACAUGACAGACAAAGCAAGGUCGUUCAUCUUACAAUGUCGACCAAGAACACUAAACUUUGAAGAGGAUGCUAAUAAUUAGUUUUCUCAUUUUACCCUAUAGCCGUUGCAUUUGUUUCAACCCGCCCCGUGCAAUUAUCAAAAAUAAUAAUGUGAUCUCACAGAGUUUAUUAUUUGUUUUGUCAAAAACAUUUAUUUUUCAUGUUUACACGCUGGAACUAGUAUUUAGAGCAGACAUGCAAUAGAUCGAGUUAUUACUUGUCUCAAGUUGAUUUUUAUCUUCAUCGUUAAUACAAUGUUAUAUAAAUUUAUUGAGAAAA